CACAACCAGUCCGACCCCGCGGCCCCAAGAGCCAAACCAGCCGGCCUGCGGCCCCAAGAGCCAAACCAGCCGGCCCAUCCUCUCUCGUCCCUUCUCGCCGCCGCCGCCGCCGCCGCCGCCGAUGGGCUCCGAGGAGGAGCCGUCGCAGGUGCGGAGGGCGCUGGUGGACUCGCUCGCGGGCGCCAUCUCCGGCGGCAUCUCCCGCACUGUCACCUCCCCCCUCGACGUCAUCAAAAUCCGCUUCCAGGUUCAAUUAGAACCCACAACCUCGUGGGCUGUUCUACAAAGGAAUGUCUAUGGUCCUUCCAAGUACACUGGCCUUCUGCAGGCAACUAAAGAUAUCCUCCGCGAGGAAGGUUUGCCGGGAUUUUGGAGAGGAAAUGUACCAGCUCUGUUGAUGUAUAUGCCAUAUACAGCUAUACAAUUCACUGUUCUACACAAGCUGAAAACAUUUGCAUCUGGUUCAUCCAGGACAGAGGAUCAUUUGCAUUUGAGUCCUUAUUUAUCCUAUGUAAGUGGGGCUCUAGCAGGAUGUGCAGCAACAAUAGGGUCAUACCCAUUUGACCUUCUGAGGACUAUUCUUGCAUCGCAGGGUGAACCAAAGGUUUACCCCAAUAUGAGGUCAGCAUUUCUUGAUAUAAUUAGAACUCGCGGUGUUCAAGGGCUUUAUUCUGGUCUAUCUCCAACUCUUGUUGAAAUCAUACCAUAUGCUGGCUUGCAGUUUGGUUCCUACGACACUUUCAAACGUUCGAUGAUGACAUGGAACAGAUAUAAAUAUUCGCAUCUUAACUCAAGUAGUGAGGAUGAGUCGGUAUCAAGCUUCCAGCUUUUUCUUUGUGGGUUUGCAGCUGGAACAUUUUCAAAGGCUGUGUGUCAUCCACUGGACGUUGUAAAGAAAAGAUUCCAGAUUGAAGGAUUAAAACGUCAUCCAAGAUAUGGGGCUCCAGUUGAUAGCAGCACAUACAAGGGCAUGUACCAUGCCUUAAAAGAGAUUGUCGCAAAGGAGGGUUUUGGAGGCCUUUAUAAAGGGCUUUUCCCCUCUUUGGUGAAAUCGGCCCCUGCUGGUGCUGUGACAUUUGUGGCAUAUGAAUACAUCUCAGAUUGGUUAGAGUCAAUACUGAUGUGAAAAACCUCGAUGCAGUAAUAUUUUAUCUCCCCAAUUUUGCCUGUAUUGUUCAUAUUCUUUCUCCAUGCUGUUUUACGCCUGUAUUAGUAUAAUUGAUUUAUGUCUGGAAGAGGCUGCAGUUGUUUUUUUUAACCCAUUUAAACCAAAUAUUUUAAUAUUAACCCCUCAACUAAAAUUUCAGGAUCUAACCCCUCCUUGUCACGCCAAGGAUUUGCCCACGCCGUGGCCCGUGGCGUGGCUACAUGGGCCUUGGCAUGACAGCUCAUUUAGUCACGCCAUGGGCCUUAGUGUGACCAAAUGGGUUAGAUCCUGAAACUUUAGUUUGAAAUAUUUGGUUUAAAUGGUUUCAAAAAAUAAAAAAUUUCGCUGCAGUUCCUUUGGAUCUUGCAGUCAAUACAAGAUUUGGGAGUCUUCAAAAAUCUGCUGGAUGAGUCAUGCUCGUAAGCUCCUCUCAUGGGUUUUGGAAAAUCACUUAGACAUUACACAAAUGAAGCAGUCAAGUUGAUCAUUAAGCAUUUGCCUUUCCAGAUGUCCACUCAGUUGGAUCUACCUCUUCGUUUCAACUGCUUGUAUGUUUUUGUGCGUGUACAUUAUAGUGUGCCUGCAAGUCACUGAACCUGAAAAUGAUUCGCAGGAUCGGGAGCAAGGCUGGAGUUGAGUGAGUUCUUGUUGGAUAAUGGCCAUCGAGAUAGCAUCAUGAAAACACUUUCCGCAAUCUGGACAUCAAUGAGGAUUGAGUUGUUUUUGGACCGCAAGGUCAAUCAAGAAGUGCAUACAAUUCCUUGAGAGCUGAUACUUGUAAAGCCUUGCAUAGAAGAGCUGUUUUACCGUUUCUACAUAGAAGAGCUAUUUUACAAUUCCUCUAUUUUUACCUCAUUGCUUAAUGCGGUGAUGGUGCAUUCAUUGAUCCAUAAGACCAAAGCUGAGUAACACUAACAUAGAGCUUGAGUCGUGACACAUGAUAAACGCCAAGAGCAGUCAGCAUUUUUGUUAAGAACUUAUUAUCGUUACUUUUCCUGGUUAGGUCAUUUCUCAUCCAAUAUGUAUGAAUUACUUUGUACGCCUUUUAUCUUUCUUGUGCUUUAUGCCAAUUGUAUUUCAUCAAGCUUUUGUUUGUC